CCUCUGGUGGCGGCCGGCAGCGUUGCGGCGUCACAGGCGCCGCUCGCGCGUGCGGCCGAUCGCUCCCUCAGACGAUCGGACGCACGACGCCCAGUCGGACGGCGGACGAGGCGGCGGGAAGAGCGGCCGGGAGGCUCGCACCCGAUUCGGGCGGCACAGCACGGAGCGGAUCAGCCGGCAUUCAACUUCCUUUUCUUGCUUGCCGUUUCUAUUUGCGCAGCAUGCAGCCUUCGCGGUGCCUCGGAGCAGCAGUCGCCUGUUUGCUCCCGAUCCGAGACCCGAAUCCAGCGUAAGGCGCGCGCGCGUGCAGUCGACUGACGGGAGCGCGGACGAAAAGAAGCCACGAUGAUGCUGUUUCGAAAAUUCAGAGCGCUGCUCCUCACGGUGUUCCUGGUGGCGUGCACGGUGCACGUUAUGAUCGACUUGCUGCCCCGACCGGACCGGAGGACGUCGGCGGCGGACGGCGGGGACGGCGGGGACGUCGGCGGCUGCCGGUGCGCCGACUCGCCGGGCCGGGCCGAAGCCGACAAGCGCGCGCUGCGAAUCCUGCACGAUUUCGGCAGCGAGCCCGACUCCAACCGCACGAGCGCGGCGGCGCGGUCCCAGCGGAGGAGGACGCCCGGCGAGGCGGACGAGCGCGAGCGCGAGCGCGAGCCGCUCGUCGGCGAGGAGAGCGGGGGUCGCGCGGUGGCCGCAGCCGCAGCCGCAGCCGGCGCGUCCCGACUCGCGGCUCUCUUCCAGCAUCCAUUGUAUCAGCUCGCGCUUCCGGCUCUGACCGAACGGGACGCUUUGUUCGACGUCAACACCGAUAUCGCAUUUUACCCCAAAGCGACUGAGCAACAAGGAUGGGACGGCGAGGGGCGGGACGAGGAGAACGCCCGAGCGGCGCCCGAGUCGUACCCCAACUGGCUGCGCUUCCACGUCGGCAUCAACCGCUACGAGCUGUACGCCGGGCGCGACCCGGCGCUGGACGGCCUGCUCCGGGACCUGCUGACGCAGAAGAUCACCAGCGUGGCCAUGAAAUCGGGAGGCACCCAGCUCAAGUUGAUCGUGACCUUCCAGAACUACGGACAAGCUCUGUUCAAACCCAUGAAGCAGACCCGCGAGCAGCAAACACCUCCAGACUUCUUCUACUUCUCCGACUUUGAGAGGCACAACGCCGAGAUUGCGGCCUUCCACUUGGACAGGGUCCUGGACUUCCGGAGAGUUCCCCCAGUGGCCGGACGGCUAGUCAACAUGACGCGAGAGAUCCGAGACGUCACGCGGGAUAAAAAGCUAUGGAGGACUUUCUUCAUCUCGCCGGCCAACAACGUGUGCUUCUACGGCGAAUGUUCCUACUACUGCUCCACCGAGCACGCGCUGUGCGGCAAACCGGACCAGAUCGAAGGCUCGCUCGCCGCCUUCCUGCCCGACCUCAACCUGGCCAAACGCAAGACGUGGAGAAACCCCUGGAGGCGAUCUUACCACAAACGCAAGAAGGCCGAGUGGGAGGUGGAUCCAGAUUACUGCGACGAGGUGAAGCGGACGCCCCCGUACGACCGCGGCACUCGACUGCUGGACGUCAUGGACAUGACCGUCUUCGACUUCCUGAUGGGUAACAUGGAUCGCCAUCAUUACGAAACCUUUGAGAAGUUUGGAAAUGACACCUUCAUUAUUCACCUUGACAACGGAAGAGGGUUUGGGAAACACUCGCACGAUGAGAUGUCCAUCCUGGUCCCUCUCACUCAGUGCUGCAGGGUGAAGAAGUCCACCUUCCUCCGUCUCCAGCUGCUGGCGAAGGAAGACUACCGGCUGAGCGCUCUGAUGGAGGAGUCGCUGCUCGCAGACCGGCUGUCGCCCGUCCUCAUCCGGCCUCACCUGCGGGCCCUGGACCGCCGGCUGGGCCUGGUGCUGCGGGUGCUGGCCGACUGCGUGGACAAGGAAGGCUACGGCGACGUGGUGGCGGAAGAUCGCAGGUAGCGAGGCCGACUGGAGCGCCGGGAUCCGUCCCGCUUUUCGUGCGGCGCCGAACUCGGCGAAUUCCGAGACUUUCCGUCGACGCCCCUGCGGGGGAGUUUCCAGAAGCGACGGCCCCGGCGGACACGGCGGCGGACUUCGCGAACAUUUGCUCGGAUGGCCCGCGAGACCCUUUGGCCGCCGUCUGUUUGCUUUCGGUGUUUUACGACGUCUUGCCGUGAGCGGCGGCGAAUCCCGCUAUCCGUGGCGGCGCUUGGCGAAAAUCUUCGAGACAUUGACACCCCUGAAAAAGGUUUAGAAUUGAUUGGCCUAUCGAUGCCACGGGAUGGCGGCGAAGCACUUUUUGGGGGGCGGGGGGAUUCGACGCGUUUAAAGCCUGAUUCCCUCUCUUCCUUGUCAAGACGGAAGAUUCCCAGCGGCCGGUUGUCGUGUACCACCGAUACUUCCACAUUGGAUCUUUUCCCUCGCUCACGUUCACUGGGCUUUGGGAAACCCUUUUUUCUUUGUAUUUCUCUUUGUGCUCUGUGAUAAAUCCUCACUUUGUAAACGAAUAGAACGCAACACUCGAGCGCCCCGUGACGAUCGAGGAGAGCGUUGUCGUUUCAGAGAACGUAUUGCAGCGUUUUCACCUUGUUGCAGGUCGCAUCUUUGUGAAAGAAACAAAGACAUUUGCAACUGGUGAGAGGCACAAGCGCACGCACGUCCGCGGGCAUUUUGGCCGCUUGCUUUGCUUUUUUUAUCCACGGGUACAUUAUAAACACGGCUGUGUUGUUGGAAAACACAAUAAUAUGUUUCCUUUCUCGUGUACAUUAUUUGAAUGAUUUCUGUGCGUGUCUCUACAUGAACUAACACCGCCGUGGUUAGAGAAUGUAUUUGAAGUGUACGCUGGAUAUUGAACUAUCCACAGUUUCUCUCGCUCCGCCCCUUUUAUCGACCUGGCGGGUUUCUCCACUACGUUGUUGUAUAUUCACCCGCGAGGGGUCGCGAGGGGACGACGGGGACUGUCGGACUGGGACGGGUAAUGCCGACUUCCAGCAGCAGGGGGCGCCGAAAUCGCGGAUUAUAGCUUUAAGUCACCACUGUUACUCAUCAAAGUUCCUUGUUUUUAUUUCGAGGUGUUUUGAUUCUUUGCUUUGAAUCCUAUUUUGGCGGCUGUAAGUAAGAGUUGGUGUUCAGGUACAGUUUCAACAGUUCAAUGUCAUUUCAUAUCUCACGCGAUAUACCAGUUACGGCCAAUAUAUGGGCCGACAAAAUCUUUUUUUAGCCCCAAAAAUCCAAUAUCAGUCGGGCUUCAGAUGGCACCAAAGCAAUAUUUUACGAUUAGAUAUCGCUUGGACCUGAGCACAAAAACGGUACAGUACGGUACGGUACGGUACGGUCCUCCCCCACAAAAGCUGCGAAUGUUCACUCUUUGCCAUCAGAAAAGAAGCUUUUAUCCUUUUUAGUGCAACAUGGAAAGAUUGAGAUGUUCGAAAUUGUUCAGACAUUUUCAUGUCGGAAAAGAAUAUUUGAAUUUCCAUCCCCAGCAACUGAACACAUCCACGUGAAGAGUGAUACUGUCUUCUAUCAUACGACACCAAAUAUGCGCACUUGUACACAUUGUACAACAACAUUAUAUGAUGCUGUCAUUUGACUUGACUCAUUCCAGUGAUGUACAUUCAUAAUCCCUGCAGGGUUAAUUUACAAUCAUGCAGUCUGAGAUUAUGUUAAAAUGUGAAUUCACAUUCAAUCAACACAAAAUACUACAAACAUGCACACAGGAAACCAGUACACAGAUAGAUAGAUAGAUAGAUAGAUAGAUAGAUAGAUAGAUAGAUAGAUAGAUAGAUAGAUAGAUAGAUAGAUAGAUAGAUAGAUAGAUAGAUAGAUAGAUAGAUAGAUAGAUAGAAUUUGCACUUCAAAUCAGAUUCUUACAUGCCCACCUGAGACUUUUUGUGUUCAAUUAUUUAAUGAAAUUGUUCCAUCGAAAAAAAAGUUGCGCUUUGUGUGUCCGUUUUCUUGACAUGAAGAGUCCAAGAGAGUCGAGCAUUUGUUAGCUUUUGAGUUAGCAUUUGUUCCAUUUUGAAUUCCAAAUUUCAAGCGUUGGCUUACUAUCGCCUGUGCAAUAUCGAAAUCAGUACUUGAAUGUUGAUGAGGGAUAAAGCUAAUUUCAAAAAGGGAUGUCAACCGGUUGACAUGGUUGAUGUUACCCAUAAAGACGAUAGUAACAGGGGAACUGCGCUUUUGAGUUUCUUUUUGUUGUUGUUCUUCGCCCAUUGUAAAUGGAAAGAUGUACUUUGUUGACCUAACGGGCGUCGGCGCGCAGUGAUUCGUUUGAUUGCAUUGUUGCUGUGAAGAUCUGUUUACUGAAGUGCGCAAUCCAAAUAAAAGAAGAAAA